GAGCAGAGUGUUUCAGAAGGAAAAACCCAACCCUUGCUUGACAGGCUCUGAGAUGGUAUCAGAGAUGGCAGCCACUGUCCUUCCUAGAGCCGGAGGCAGACGACUGUGUGUACUGGAGUAACAGGUUUGGGAACCUUCGGAUUCUUCCAGAGCCAUCGCCAUCAGUUCUGGGCCCGGACCAUGCGUGGGACAAAGAAAUACAGGCAUGUUAUUGAGACGCCAGAUUCCGGCAAGUGGGAGCUGGCGGGGUACGAGGCAACUCUGCCCAUCAGUGAGAAGUCGAACCCCAUCACCAGGGAGCUGGAUAAGGCUGACCCUGUGCAGAUUGUUCAGCUCCUGAAGGAAUGUGACGCAGAGAUAUUCCAGGAGGAGGACGAAGCUCUGCUCAACUAUACGAGACUGUACAGUGAGUCAGUGCUGAAGACCAUGAUCGACAUUAUCAAUAAAGUGCAGGAAGUCCUGAAGGACCCAGACAACACCCUUAUCGUGCUGAGCGGCGGGGGCACCUCGGGCAGGCUGGCCUUCCUCAUUGCUGUUUCCUUUAACAAGCUGUUGAAGGGUCUAGGUCAGCUGCCCCGUUACACAUACAUCAUUGCUGGGGGAGACAGAUCCCUAGUGAUGUCCCAGGAGGAACUGGAGGACUGCGCCCAGCUGGGGAUUGAGGAGCUGAGCAAGGUCUGUGAGGGGAAGAAAAAAGUAGUCUUCAUUGGAAUUUCAUGUGGUUUUUCUGCCCCUUUUGUGGCUGGACAACUGGACUUUUGCAUGAAUAACCUGGACAUUUUCCUGCCAGUCCUGGUGGGAUUCAACCCCGUCAGCAUGGCCAGGAAUGAUAAGAUCGAGGGCUGGCACUCUACCUUCCGCCAGGUGGCUGAGCGGAUGCAGAAGCUGCAGGAGUCACACAAAGCCUUUAUCCUUAAUCCUGCGGUGGGGCCUGAAGGCAUCAGUGGCUCCUCACGGAUGAAGGGUGGGAGUGCCACCAAGAUCCUGCUAGAGACCCUGUUGCUUGCAGCACACAAGACAGUCUCCAAGGACACUGACAUUUCAGAGAAGUGCCUCCUGGAAAUCCUGAGGACAUAUGAACGUGCUCACAAAGUCACCUAUGCCCAGAGCAAAAAGAUUGCUGCCUUGGUGAAGCAAGCAGGCACCAGCUUGCAGAAGAAGGCCUGUGUGUACAUGGUGGGCUGGCACACGCUGGGCAUCAUUGCCAUCAUGGACGGUGCCGAGUGCAUCCCAACAUUUGGGGCAGACUAUAAUGACGUGCGAGGCUUCCUGAUUGGGGAUUACAGUGAGAUGUUCAACAAGGAGGCAGAUCUGAUAGCACAGGGCCCGCAGGUCGCCUUCUCUCAGGACGACUUUGUGAAGAUGAUUCUCCCAUCACUGACUGAGCUAGAUACUGUUCUCUUCCUCUUCACGCUGGAUGAUGACCUCGCAGAGGUGGAGAAGCUUGUGGUUCAGGUGAAGGAGAAGACAUCAAAUGUCCAUGCACUUUCUCAUGCCACUGUUGGGCAGUACCUUCCGGCCUCCCUCAAGAAGCUGUUUCCUUCCAUCAUGAGCAUCAUGUGGCCCAUCCUGUUCCUGGAGUAUGAGGGGAAUUUUAUCCAGAAGUUCCAGAGGGAGCUCAGCACCAAGUGGAUCCUCAACACAGUCAGCACCGGGGCCCAUGUCCUCAAGGGCAAAAUUUUUCACAACUACAUGGUGGACCUGAGAAUCAGCAACUCCAAGCUCUUCUGGAGGGCAGUGUCCAUCCUGCAGCGGCUCACGGGGCACUCCCAGGCCAGGUGCCUGGAGGGCCUGCUGCAGACCAUAUACGACCCUGAGGUGCUCUCAGAUGACAUUCGCAAUGCAGAGCAGUCCAAACAUAUUGCAGUAGCAACGGAGAAGAACAAGGUUGUCCCCACAGCCCUUCUGUGCCUGCUGCGGAACUGCUCAGUGCAAGAGGCCCAGCUGCGGCUUGACUCCUCCCCGUCCAUCCGAGCAGCCGUUGAGUCCGCACUGACUGCUCCGGGGCGCAAACGGGGUGCAGACAAAUCCGACUCCACAGGCAGGCGCAUGUAGGAGGCAGCACCCAUCCACUAAGGGGACUAUGUGGGGAGGGACGGGCCCAGCAUCACUAACUUCUGUAUGGAUCCAGCAGUGCGUGCUGGCCAGGCAGUCGCACUGUCUUCCAGUCUGGGAGAGACACCAACUCCCUGAACAAGAGCAGCAGCUGGGAUCUGGUGAACACGAGCAGCACCCACCUAGAUGGGAGGCCGAGUGCCGCGGGCUCUCCUGUUAGCUCCUGGUGGGAGGGGACAGACUACCUGGAGGUGGGAGUCUUGUGUUGUCUAGGAGCCUGAAUUUCCUUGGAGGAUCAUGUGUUCACCAGGGGGUCUGGAUUGCUCUGGGUGAGCUAAUUUCUGGUGGAUGGGGGCGUGGGGGGUAUCAGGGUGUGGGGUGCACUGUAAUCCUUUGAGCAGGUCAGCUGUUCUCUCUGCUCUGGGGAGGAGGAAGGGUCCCUCUGUGAAGUGAGCUCCUGAGGGAAGUUGUUCUGUAAUCCCCAGAGCAUGGGGUGGGUUAUAGGUGUGUGGGGUCAGGUGGGGCUGGAUAUUGUCACCUUGUGUUCUGUGAUCCCCUGGGGGGUGGGAGGGCUGGGUCACCCUGUGAGCCCUGCAGGGGGGAUGUGUGGAGGGAGUGGGGUCACCCUGUGAUCUUUGCUGUUGUCUCUUCAUUGCUUUUGUUUAAUCUUUUUUAAAAUAAACUGUUCUGUGUUUGCCCAGCUGUCCGUGCUGUCAGCUUAGCAGCCGUGUGGGGCUCAUGGGCGGCUCCGCAGCUUGUGCAAGACCAGAGCUGGCUGCAGAGGGGAUGUGUGCCCACCUGUCCCAAACUGUACUGACUGCCAGCAGCCCACAGGGCCUAGGCACAGCCCCACCCCGCCAGCAGGGGCUGGAGUGGAAGGGGUCUCUGCACUGUGGCAAUUAUUCACUGAGUGGCUGGAGGACUAGGGCUGUCAAAGCCCUUGUAUUUGUCCUGUGUCCAGCAGCUUCCACACACCCCACCAUGGCAAAGUCCUUUGCUGCAUUAUCUCUGCGAGUGGGAUGAUGGACGUUGGAGACGAAGGUUUGAUGUGAGGAACUUGCCUUGAACAGUCCUGUGCUUUAGGCAUCACAUUACCAGGACACUGACAGACGGGAACUCUGGUGGGCAUUGUCCUUGACUCUGUAAUCAGCUCCCUCCUAGUGCUGUCACACCAUCCCUGCACCGCCAAACCUGGUUUGGCUGCGUUCUGAGAAAAACAAGGUUAUGGCACAAUUCUCACACCAGGCAGCAGAACUGAGCUUUCUGGCCGGGCUGGGCGGUCAGUACAUUCCUGGGCUUGUAGCCAGCAUGGCCUGGAAUAACCUUUCCCCUUACCGCAGGGCCUCUUUAGCAUUCGGCAACCUUGCAUUCUGGCUGCGCUGCACCACGUGAUCAGUGUAGACUGAGAGCCUUAGAUUCACCUCUGCAAUUCCCAGCCCUGGGGCCUGCAGGCUGCUCGAGCUUAUUCUGGAUGCUAACACUCCCCAGGGGCAGAGACAGGCCAGAGUAGUAGCAGGGAUGCUGGCCCCAGCCCACAUUGUCAUGAGGGAGGGUUUGUUCUAACCGCUAAGUCAACUCCCGCCCCCGCUGCAGAGCUGAUGGUCCUGCGGCUCCAGACUCUGCCAGCAGCACGGCACAGAGCAGUCACCUCGUAGCCAGGCCUGGCCCACAGGUGUCAACCCGCUCAGGCCCAGGGUGCACCUGCCAAGCCCCACACGUUACUGUUCAUCAUCAUCACUUGGGUGUGUUGGAGCAAGUGGGGUCAGGGUGAGGUGGAGGAGUGCUCAGGAACAUGGAAGUGGGGGGAAAUUGGGCCUGUGAGUGCAUGUGGGUUCAGGCAUGUGUGUGUGGGGGUGUUGGGCAUAUGAUGGAGUCAGGGUGCAUGAAGAGGAGGUGUUAGAUGUGGGGCACUGGGGCAGCUGGGUAUGUAAGAAGGAGUGAGGGCAGGCCUGGGGAAGAGGAUGGCAGGUCCAUGGGACAGGAAGGCAGGUGGAGGUGAGGGGAUAGGUGCAUGGAACAUAAUUUUUAGUUCUGUGAUCAGUUCUUUAUCUGUCAAAAUGAGGGCUAAUACUGUUUCAUCAUGUUGGAUACAACAGUUUGAAUUAGGGAAUGGAUUGUGGUAGUAUUUAGAAAUGUCAAUGAUGUUUUAGUACUGGCAAUAUGAGACCUCCAGCAUGCCACUCAAAUUUAAGUUCCCCCCAUGAUGAUGCAGCUUUUUUUCUACACUUUAGACAGGGAUAUAAGGAGACUGUGACUUGGUGGCUUGUAGCAAACACCAACCAGGGCCGGCUCCAGGUUUUCUGCCGCCCCAAGCAGCGCAAAAAAAAA